CGUUCAGGAUGAAUCACAUGACCUCCACUCAGCUGAUCAAAUCCUGCGUCUUAUAGCUAGGGUCACAGCAAUGCUAUUAUAGUCGUUUAAUUGUAAUAUUACAUAAACUGACACUAUAUUUAGACUAUUGAUUUGUCGAUUUCAACAGAAAAGCGUCUCAGUAGUUUGAUACAGUGUUUCAAUAAAGAAGAAAGAUGUCCGGAAAAGAUCGGAUCGACAUUUUUCCCUCUAGAAUGGCUCAGACCAUUAUGAAAGCUCGACUGAAAGGAGCUCAAACUGGCCGGAGUCUGCUGAAGAAGAAAGCUGAUGCUCUGUCCAUGCGAUUUCGGCAGAUUCUUCGAAAAAUCAUCGAGACUAAGACGCUGAUGGGAGAGGUGAUGAGAGAAGCCGCCUUUUCCUUAGCUGAGGCCAAAUUUGCAGCUGGUGACUUCAGUGCUACGGUCAUUCAGAAUGUGAACAAGGCCCAGGUGAAGGUCAGAGCCAAAAAGGACAAUGUUGCAGGAGUCACUCUGCCGGUGUUUGAGCAUUACCAGGAGGGAGGAGACAGUUAUGAGCUCACUGGUCUGGCCCGAGGUGGAGAGCAGCUGUCUCGACUCAAGAGGAACUAUGCCAAAGCAGUCGAGCUUCUUGUGGAGCUGGCCUCACUGCAGACCUCUUUUGUGACGCUGGACGAGGCCAUCAAGGUCACAAACCGCCGUGUGAACGCCAUCGAGCACGUGAUUAUUCCCAGGAUCGAGCGCACGCUCACGUACAUCAUCACUGAGCUGGAUGAGCGGGAGCGAGAGGAGUUCUACAGGCUCAAAAAGAUCCAGGAGAAGAAGAAGCAGCACCGUGAGAGGACGGAGAAGGAGAUCGCGCAGCGUUUGGCGGCGCUGGGGCCGAUCGCAGAGCCCUCGAACAUGCUGAACGAAGAGGCCGACGAGGACCUGCUGUUCGAAUGAAACACCUCUUAUUUAUUAUUCUUUGUGUCCGUGAGGCCGAGCUUUACAUCUUGUUUUGAUUGUGUGUUGGUGCCGUGUCACAUUUCUUGUGUAGGAUGAAUAGAACAUGUAUCCAAGUCGCUGUAAAAAAUAGUGUUUGUGCAAAAACUGCAAGGAUUUUUAAGUUUGAACAAAAAGGAAAUCCUUUUAAAAUGGUUCAGAUGAACUCAAAUGAUAAUUCCACGCUCUCGUCUUAUUGCAUGCGUGUUAAACCGGUGUAACCUUCCCCGUGAGCUAGUGUGUGAUACCUGAGAAUAUUCUGUGACGUACUGUACUUCUCUUUGAGUUUUUGCUGAAACACUUCAGCCCAGAUUCUUCCUCAUGUUUGUUCUCAGUGCAAAGGUGUACUCCAAAUUCACAGGAAGUGAAAUCUAAUUUCAAUAAAUGUUGAAAAUGGUCA